AUGUGGUUAGUUGCGAAAAACAGUUUCCUGCUGUCGCCUGAUCUGACGCUGAUCAUUUUACAUAUUGCCUUAAAAAAUUUAAGGGUGUUGGGGUUCAUCGGGCCGAGAACCUCGAUACAUAUUGGCAAGAAUUCCAUCGAGGGGAGGGCGUUCUCAUAUUUUUUCAUUUUCUCGUCCGCUGCCCUGGUCGCGGCCAAACCGCAUUCCUUACUUGUCAGGUUUACAUAUCGUUCGGCAAGGGUGCCAGGGACCGUAACAUCCCACGCCAAACAUCUACCGGCUCUCCAAGAUGAUGUUGUCAACGAUGACGACCUUAAUGGAAAUGCCGACGACAAAGAUGAUAACCAAAAAGACGAUGACAUGACAUCCGUGACAGUGCUUGCUGAUGCUGGCGGUGAUGAUGAAGAUGAUGAUGAGAGCAACAACAAUAAUGCUGAUGAUAACACGGAGUCGAAGUUGAAGUUGGAGGUCGGAAUUUUUGAGGGGCUGGAUUCAGAAUUAGAAUCGGAUAUUUUUUAUCCGACUCUGACACUCUGGUUAUGA